AUGAGCUUCCAGGAUGCCGCUACCCUGGGCGUCGGCAUUAACACUAUUAGCCAGGUUCUCUACCAGAGUCUGAAGUUGGCUCUGCCUUCUGCUCCCACCAAGGAUGCUACGCACAUUCUCAUCUACGGUGGUUCCACCGCGCGGAUUUCAGUUUGCCAAGUUGUCCAGGUAUAA